AUGGCCGCAGGCGACAGGUCGAUCACCCACGGACCUGCCCAGCACCUCGAGCGCAUACACCGUAACCCACGACCAUUCAUCUCCCUUGAUCUGUGCGAUGAGAGACGGCACUUUCAACUCGUUGUACCCCUCCGCGCUCGACACCAUCCACCACUUCUCUACGCCAUAUUCGCCCUCUCAGCGCGCCAUCUAAGCCGUCUGCCGAAAUACAAAACACCACAGGGAAUUCUCUACCAGGGCCAAUUGCUACCCAAACUCACACCCCACGACGCAGUAGAAUACACGUUGAAGUGCAUCCCCGCUCUACGAGACUUUCACCUCAUCCAAGACGACGAAAAGCUCGAGAGCAUCAUCGCCACAGCCGUUAUUCUCCGGCAGUUGGAAGAGAUCGACGACGAGGAAGAUCAAGAGCAGGAGCGGAACCAAAGGCGGAACGCGAAGCCUCAGGUUAAUUUCCUAGCUAUCAUAGACGCUGUGCUGAGAAGUCCACCGUCGCGGACCCUCUUUGGCCGCCGAUCACUUAUCCAAGCGGCGUAUUGGAUGGCCGUUCGCCAGGAGCUGUACCACUCAUUUACAAAGCGCCAUCCGCCAAAGAUGGUGCUAGAUCCAGAGUAUGGAAACGGUGCAUCAAAGGCGAAUAAGAUUGUUCUUCACACGGCGCAGGUUGCGAAAUGGCGAUGGGCUGAUGGCUCCGAACAAGAAUGGCGUAUGUACUACCCAUUGAUUGAGUGGUGGUGA